AGGAAAAUAUACAACACUACAUUACCCAGAAUGCCCCGCAAACAGUGGCGUGGAACUACGCAUGCGCAGAAACGCGACCUCAUCGGGAAGCUACCCUGAGACCGGUUGUUUAACUAUUCGUUCGUUUGAGCAGAUGUAGGCGCUUUGGACUCAUCGACAGUGAUGUCAUCGAACCUGUGCACGCGACUGUUCCAGCUCGGUCGCUCGAGUCGAGCGGUUUUCUCCGCUGGUCUUCACGCUCGUCCCGAGUGCCGCUCCAGCAGACGGCUGGUCCAGGUGAGGUUCUGCUCGUCUCGGGGAAGGAGUUCAGACCGAGACUCUGGUCAGGACAGAGAACAUGGACUUUCUUCUGGGGGACGUGAGCUGGAUUUCCAGCUGAGCCGGUUGCAGGUGGACGCUGUGCUGCGUGCUAAUGAGCAGUCUGUGCGAGUUCCUGAGUUCGAUGGACGUGGAGGUCUGAGUCCAGUGCUAAAGUUCGAGAGCAAUCAGCUCGCUGCCAAUUCCCCUCUGGAGGACAGACGCAGCAGCGCCACCUGCUUGCAGACACGCGGGAUGCUGUUUGGGGUUUUCGACGGUCACGGCGGUCACGCGUGUGCUCAGGUGGUCAGUGAGCGUCUGCCCUAUUAUGUCGCCGUGGCGAUGAUGGCAGAGUCCAGCCUGGAGGAUCUGGAGGCUUCGAUGGAGACGUUACGUCCGGCACCGCCCAUUCUGCAGUGGUACAAACACCACAAUGACCUCAACUACCGCGAGUCCGCUGCUCUGUAUGUCAAUCACUUGCGUGUUUUCUGGCAAGAGCUUCUCGCCAGCGAAGAGCACGGAGACGGGAUGAAGCCCAGCGACGCCCUCAGCUACGCUUUCCAGCGCCUGGACGCAGAUCUUUCUCUGGAGGCUCAGGUCCCGUUAGCGAGCGACCUGAUGCGGAACACGGCGGUUCAGGCGGCGUUCGCAGGGUGCACUGCUUGUCUUGCUCACGUAGGACCUGAAGGCAUUUAUGUAGCGAAUGUCGGCGAUUGCAGAGCCGUGCUCGGAGUUCAGGAAAGCGACGGGAGCUGGAGCGCGCUGCCUCUUUCUCGUGAUCAUAACACCACCAACGCGGCCGAAGUGGAACGAGUACUUUCUCAGCAUCCGCACAGCGAGCGCGAGACCGUCAUCAUGGACGACCGGCUGCUCGGCGUCUUGAUGCCGCUGCGAGCGUUCGGAGACGUCCGCUUUAAAUGGAGCCGCGAGCUGCAGCAGAGCGUGUUAGAAAAAGGAGGCUGUGACUCCGAGGCGCUGAAUCUUUAUCAAUACGCACCACCUAAUUACCUCACACCGCCGUAUCUCGAGGCCACGCCUGAGGUUACGUAUCACCGCCUGCGCCCUCAGGACCGCUUCCUGAUCCUGGCGUCAGACGGCCUGUGGGACGAAAUGGAUAACGAGGAAGCGGUUCGGCUGGUGGCGGAACAUUUAACCGGCGUCCACCUGCAGGCUCCGGUCUCGGCCAGCCAGCUCAGCCUGGGACAGAUGCACCAGCUGCUGCUGCAGCGCCAAGCGCGUGCCACGCCCACGCUCGACCAGAACGCAGCCACACACUUGAUCCGCCACGCCCUCGGGACAAACGAGUACGGAGAGAUGGACCAAGAGAGACUGGCGGCCAUGUUGGCUUUCCCAGACGACCUGGCACGCAUGUAUCGCGAUGACAUCACCAUCAACGUGAUUUAUUUCAACUCGAGUCUCAACAAAACGCCACGGAAUAAAUUGUGAUGUUUCUGUAAAUAAAUAAACCUGUAAACAAACAUAUAGCACUUAUAAACACCUAAAGACCAUCUGUGAGACUUUCAGCCUCAUGUUGUGUUCACUGGAUGAAGAUUAUCGCUGACCUGAAGCUCAGCCCUUUGUUCUGACAGAACUUUCACCUUUUAUCAAGUGAUGGAAUAUUUUAACCAUAAACAAACUUCAACAUCUCAUGUGGAGCUUCAUCACACCUUCAUCACCUACUCGCUUACAAGAUUUACACAUUACAAAAUACACCUGACUGAUUUCAGCUCAGGUGCACAAAACACUCAUAAAAACAGGAUAUUGUGUUUUAAAUCUUAUACUGUGAUACACACACACACACACACACACACACACACACACCUGCUGAGACUGAGUUUAGAUUUAUUCAAUCACUUUUCUUUCUAAUUAUAAUCUAAUCUUUGCACAUUAUAAUGUCUGUGUGAAAUCCACUCUUGCGUUCUCGUGAGAUUGUGAGAAUGUUGGAUGUUGUGCUGAUGAUGUUCUUUGAGGACGUUGUGGUACUUCUUCUAUUUAGUUUUUUAUUAUUUUUGUUGCUGCACCUCAUAUAUGAAUGUUUACAUUCAUUCUGUAUCCUUUACAUGAGCAAUUCAUUAUUCACUUAUAGUCCAAAUAACUUCAACACACAUCUUUACAUUCUGGAUCUUCUCCUGGAUCUUUCUGUGGACACUGUGCUGGUGUGUGUGAACCUCAGUGUGUUCAGGAGUGAAAUGAUGGUCAUGUGCUGGUCAGAAGAUACGACUCGUAGGUAUUAACCAGGUCAUGUUUUGUGCUGUGAAAUUAAUUCUGUUUUCUUUUCUCUUAUUUAUGAUCAGCUGUGAUCUAUAAAACCUGAGAGACCGUGAACAUGUCCAGCAUUGUUUUUAUUUGAGCAGAUUUCCUAUUUUAAUUCUCUGUGUAAAGAUUCUUUACUGUACAGGACAAAUAAACUAUUUACAUGUGUGUAACCUCAAA